GUAAACGGGAGAGGAUCCGAUUUGAAGACACCGUCAGUACGCAGGCGCGAGUGAUUUGAACGACAAGUUUUCCGUUUUGCAACAUUUGUGGAAAAAAAUGUUGCCAUACAGUUCGUAUGCCGCCGCGUUGGAUCAGAUACACAGCAUCAAUCAGGAGUUGUCACUAUUUGCACAAAAUGGACGAUACUUUCCGCUGGAAGCUGGCGGGGGUGCCGCUGGAUUCGCAGGAACGGCGUACUUUGGAUUAAAUCAGUGGUCUUUGCCGUUUUCAUUUCUCAAGGCUGCGCAUCGACCGGAAAAGCCACCCUUUUCCUACAUUGCGCUGAUUGCCAUGGCCAUCAGUAGUGCACCGGAUCAACGGCUGACGCUUAGCGGAAUAUAUAAAUACAUUAUGGAUAACUUCCCGUACUACCGCGAGAACAAACAAGGUUGGCAAAACUCCAUUCGACACAACCUGUCGUUGAAUGACUGCUUCAUAAAGGUACCUCGUGACAAAUCAUCCUCCUCCUCUUCCUCUUCCGGUGCUGGAGCUGGUGCAGGUGCCGGCGGCAAGUCGAUCGAUGGUGCAGAUUCCAACGACGGAAGCAGCAGUGGCGUCGGUGGCGGUGGCGGCAAAGGAAGCUACUGGAUGCUCGACCCGUCGGCGAACGAUAUGUUCGAACAGGGCAAUUACCGCCGACGGAGAACGCGCCGGCAGCGGAACGCGAAAAUGAUCCUGAACGGCCACUUCCAGACAUCACCGUUCGCCAUGGCGUUCCCUUCGGCGUCCACGGCGGAAUUCAUUAAAACAACAGCAUCCACGACCGAUUUUCAUCAUCUGAUAGGCGGCCACAAUUUGGAGGCAGUCGCAGCAAACUGCUACCCUGGAGCAACGGUGACGGCCGUUGGUGGGAGUGCUGGCCAUUCCAUGCUUUCGCUGCCGAGCUCUUCAUCAUUACCUGGCGUGCUACUGCCGAUUUCCUCGUCACCGUGUCAUUCGUCCAACUCGACGUGCUCUUCGCCACCGCAGAAUUACCUUCAUCACCACCACCAGCAGCAGCACUAUCAGUUCCAGCAUCACGAGCAACAAUCGGCUUCAGGUGGUCCAAUUUCGACAAAUGAAGACAUAAAACGAGAUUUUGAUGAAGCAACCGAUAGCGGUAGUCUAACGAGCUUCCCUGCGGUGGUGGUGGACUACGGUGAAUGCUUAGCCACCGCUACCAUUAGAACAUCCGUGGACUCCACGUGCCAGUUUGCUGCUGCCGCAGCGAAGGCUUCUGAUAAUUAUUUAGAUAAUUUUCAAUCGAGUUUUCCCUCGUUGGAUGCAUUCCUGGGCGAGCUCGGUGAGCUGAAGGUGAAAAGCUUAACGACGAACGCCACGGGUGGCCAUUUGAACGACGAUGGCGACGUCGAGGAGUACCACCGGCAUCACCAUCGCCAGAACCGUGGAAAACGGCCGGAAAGGACCGAUGAGCGGAGCAUUGUAAACAGUUCACCGCAAAUGGAACCACAACAAAAACAGACACCGGUAGAAGUUGGCAGUACUUCCGGAACUGCUACUGCUGCCGCAGCCAGCAUGGGGUCGGUUUGUUCUACCACCAGUGGUUGCCGACCGAAGAAGACGAGUGGUUUAAAGUCGAGUAAUUUUACCAUUGAAAGUAUUAUGCGAAAACAGUGAGAGAGAGAGAGAGAGCAUUGCACCGCAGGGGGCACGGUGUGCAUCGGUGCUUUGCCAGUCAGGUGCCAUUACAAAUUUUCUGGUGUAGGUUAAGCGUA